AUGGUGUUAUGUAAAUACUGUGCUAUAUGCAAGGAGCAACAUAGAGCAACGUGCAUUAGCGCGCAGAAGACGACACCCGAGGGCGAUUGCGCCCAGGAGCGGCUGGCACAGUGUUCGUCCUCGUUGGCGAUCAUAACAGACCAGAGUGACCUCGGCUUCAUUGCCAACAAAGAUGAACUCGAGAAGGUUUGCCCAGACCUGGCCGGCGGGCUGCGCUGUAUCGAGAGGUACACGAGGCGCUGCAUGAGCGAGGAGCAGCGCAAGCAUUUCAACCGGCUGUACGCGGGCACCACCAUGGUCAUCCAGCAGCUCUGCCGCGACGGGCCCUACCGCGCAGAAUUCCUGAGACACGCGCCCUGCAUGCGUAAAGCAAGGACUGACUACGAAGUAUGCGCCACUGUAUACCAAGAAAGAAUCCGAGAGUUGCAGACAUCAAUGAACGGUAGCUCUUUCGUUAUUGCAGGAGAAAAUCAGCUAAAACUCGUCUGCUGCUCUUUUCAGGACUACCUACAAUGUUCGCUGAAAAUCGUUCGUCAGAUAUGUGGGGAGGAAACUGCCAGAUUCACGAAGCAUUUCCUGGAUCGAAUGUCAUCGUCUUUGAUAAAGAUCCACUGUGAGCAGUAUCCUGUGGACUCCCUGGUGUGUCGCGGGCCAGCCGAUCCGGAGAGCGCCAAGAGCAGCAGCAGCAGCAGCAGGAGGCAGCCACACGCAGCCACGCACUCCUUCCUCUCCCUGGCCACGGCACCAACUGGCAUAACCUGCAUCUCUCUGCUUCUUGCCGUCAUUUCCAGAUUCUAA